GAAAACAUGCGUCAGUAGUCGGCUGUCCGUUAUUGCGUUCGGUUCGGUUGUUUCAACCGUCGCCGUCGUUGUCAUCGUUAACAACUGCAGUGAGUUAUAUACGUGUUGUGUUGUGUUGCAUUUUUUUGUGUGCAGUGUGGUGCGCAUUGUCUUUAGUGUAGUUAUACUCGUGUGUUUGUGACGGCUAUGUUUGAUUUUUUUAAUGAGAAGCAUUAUGUUAUUGCCGUUAAAUUACACCUCAUAAGAACAAUAAUAAAGUUGUUAAAUUGUUGAUAUCAAUUUAUAGUGAUCACUGUUUGUCGAUAAAAAUAUAUAGAAACACAUGUUGAACUUUCUAUGUUCUUGUAAACCCUUAUUAAAUUAUAUCAAUGGAUUAAUACUUAAGAGAAGUUUCAAAAAAUUAUUUUGAUAAAAUUGACAGAAAAAUAUAUUUACAACUGUACGAAAAACCGACUACGUUGUACACCUUUCCAAAGUAUCAAAAAAGAUAUAUAUAAGAUCAUACGCUAAAUCACUGCAGACCGAGAUUUUUUCUCUAGACUUUACUAUCAACUAUGGCCUAGUUGGAAACUAUCCCAAAUAUCUAUACAGAAAAUAUGAGAGGUCUAAUUCGUAACAAUCAUACAGCAAUGAGAUAACGUUUUGUAUGCUAUGCUAACAUGGAAACAGGGUACAAUAUCCUGUUCAUCAAACUUUUAAUAUUGGUUUCUGUAUUUUUUAUAACUGACUGUUAUUCUUCAAUAAGAAACAGCAGUUUACCAGAAUUACACUUUACUCGAGAUUUGUAUAAUGCUACAAUUCCUGAAAAUGCUCUUAUUAAAACUUACGUACGGACGGAAGAAAAAAUGGGUAUAUAUUGUUCAGAUGAAGAUAUCAUUAUACGGUACAAAUUAAUUUCACAGCAAAAAGUAAAAUUUUUUAAAGCAGAAGAAAAAAAAGUAGGUAAUUUUUGGUUUCUAUUAAUUAGGACAAAAACUGACUAUGAUGUUCUUAACAGAGAACGCCAAGAUGUAUAUAAUUUGGAAGUAAAAGCUACUAUCACAGCUUCUACUGACAAAGCUAAAGACAAGAAAAAAAAUAAUUUUUCUCUUGAGCUUCAUACUAAUGUAGUCGUUUCAGUAUUAGAUACUAAUGACCUGAGCCCACUUUUUUAUCCAACUGUUUAUGAACACACUAUACCCGAAGAUACUCCCUUACAUUCAAGUGUACUUAGAGUUUCAGCUGAGGAUGCUGAUAUAGGAAUAAACGGUGAAAUAUAUUAUAGUUUUCAAAUGAAAACUGAUAAUUUUGCCAUGCACCCAAGAACUGGCGUUAUUACAAUUACUAAACCUUUAAAGUACGAAGAACGAAGAUUCUAUGACUUGAUUGUAGAAGCUCGGGAUCGAGGUAUAAAGGGACGAUCUAAACCGAGUACUGCAAAAAUUAACUUCAAUAUAUUACAAGUAAAUCUUUUCAGUCCAGAUAUAAACGUACAGCAUUUAUCUCGCAUAGUAGAAGAAUCUAAUUGUGAUAUUUACGCAAUUGUAAAAGUAACUGAUAGAGAUACAGGCUUGCAUGGUAAAAUAUGUAACUUAGAAAUUGUUGACGGUGAUCCAGAUGGUCACUUCAGAAUUCGUGAAACGAAUCGAAAUGGAGAAUAUAAUAUUGUUGUACUUAAAAUGUUGGAUAGAGAAACCGCUCCAAAAGGCUAUAAUUUAUCUCUAAGAGCGGUCGAUUGUGGAACACCAGAAAGAGAUACUUACAAAUCUAUUCAUAUUGAGCUAGCUGAUAUAAACGAUAAUGCACCUGUAUUUGAACGUGAAUUGUAUGAGGUGAACAUAGCAGAAACUGCUCCUAUAAACUCGCCAGUUAUAAAAUUAAAAGUAAGCGAUAAAGAUGAAGGUAAAAAUGCCCAAGUGUUUUUAGAAAUCGUUGGUGGUAAUGAAGGUGGUGAAUUUCGAAUGAACAAACGAACAGGAAUGUUAUAUACUGCUAUUACUUUAGACGCUGAACACAAAGCAGCUUAUACUCUUACAGUAAGUGCAAUUGAUCAGGGUAAUGCCGGAAGUAGAAAGCAAUCUGCAGCUAAAGUAAAAAUAUCUGUAAUUGACGCCAAUGACAACGAUCCUUUGUUUGAAAAAAAUCAAAUGGAAGUUACCAUAAAUGAAAAUGAAAUAGCUGGUACUUUUGUAACAAAAAUUGGAGCACGUGAUAAGGACUCUGGUGAAAAUGGUUAUAUAUCUUAUAGUAUUACCAAUUUAAAACCUGUUCCUUUCGAUAUAGACCAUUUCACAGGAAUCAUAAAAACUACCCAACUCUUAGACUAUGAAACUAUGAGACGGGAAUAUGUGUUACAUAUAAGAGCAUCAGAUUGGGGAUACCCUUACAGAAGGCAAACUGAAAUGAAACUUAUAAUAAAAGUAAAAGAUGUCAAUGACAAUAGACCUCAGUUUGAAAAAGUAGACUGUAAACUUCAACUUCCUCGGUAUACCGCCAUUGGCAAAGAUAUAAUGACUAUGUCAGCUGUUGAUUUUGACGAUGGAGACUUUAUCAAUUAUCGCGUUGAAUCAGGCAAUGAAGAUAACUGUUUUUCUAUAGAUUCUUCGUCGGGUGUUCUAUCGGUUACAUGUGAUCUAGUAGACGUCCGUAGUGAAGAACGAAUUGUGAAAAUAGCGGCAACUGAUGGUGUUCAUUUUUCCGACUUAACUAACUUGCAUAUAACUUUAGUGAAUGCUAAGAAAACGCAAGCUACUGAUGAUUUGAUCAAUAUUAAUUGCCAUGAAACUGGCGUGAUAAGAAGACUUAACGAAGCAAUCGAAAUGGCAAAAAAAAAUAACAUUGGCGAAGACGAUGAGUUCGCUAUGAUGCCAAGUAGGUAUGGAGAAAACGUACAUACACCAGAGUUCAUAAAUUUACCUUCUACUGUACAAGUGAACGAAUCUGCUCCUUUAAGUUAUACUAUUUUAGCUAUUCGAGCAAGAGACCGAGAUCUUGGAUAUAACGGUAAACUUAUAUUCGGUAUAUCUAACGGAGACGAUGAUUCACUAUUUCGUAUUGAACCAGACACCGGUAAAUUAAAUGUCGUCGGUUACUUAGAUAGAGAAGCUAGAAGUGAAUAUAAUCUUAAUAUUACAGUAAAAGACAUGGGUAAACCAAAUCGAUCUACAUGGCAGUUACUAAAAGUUAUUAUUUUGGAUGUUAACGAUAACGCACCUAAAAUAGAUAAAAGAGUUUCAAGUUUUCGAGUAAGUGAAAACGUGCGUAAUGGAACUGUGAUUUACAAAAUAGAUGCUAAAGACCCAGAUCAAGGUGAAAAUGGUAGGGUUGUUUACACUAUGAUGACUGAUACAAAACAAUUUUCAAUUGACAAAAUGUCUGGAAAUCUUUACAUUUCUGAACAUUUAGACCGUGAACGUCAAGACAUAUAUGAACUGAUUAUUAAAGCUUCAGACUCAGCUCCAGAACCUUUGACGCUCCAUACUGAGGCACUAAUAAGAAUAAUUGUUGAUGAUGUUAAUGAUAACGCACCACUGUUUUUAGUUCAAAAUUAUACUGUUAAAGCUUUGGAAGAUUUACCUAUUGGAAGUGUCAUUACUAUUGUGUCCGCAGUCGAUCCUGACUUGGGCACUGGAGGACGUAUUACGUAUUCAUUGGAAAUGGAACCAUUAACAUCAUUAGAAGAAAAUGAAAAAAUAUUUGACAUUGAUCCGUUAUCUGGUACAAUCCGUACGCUUACAGAAUUAGAUUUUGAACAGAGACAAAUAUACACUUUUAUUGUCAAAGCAAUAGAUGGUGGUAUACCUUAUUUGUCUUCUGAAACAUGGUUAACUAUUGAUAUUGUUGAUGUUAAUGAGAACAUGUUCGCGCCUGAAUUUAACAAUUUUUAUACGACUGCUUUUAUUGAAGAAAAUGAACCUCCUGGUUCUCUCGUCACUACUGUAUCAGCCACUGAUGCAGAUCCUCCUGGUGAUGCUUCCAGAGUAGGAUACUCUAUAGUUGAUGGCGACGGUCUUGGCUAUUUCUCUAUUGAUAAUGAAGGAAAUAUCAGAACAAUGGUAGUUUUGGAUGCAGAAACCAAGUCGUCGUAUUGGUUAACUGUGAUGGCAUUCGAUCACGCCACCGUUCCUUUACACUCUCGGCUUGAGGUCUAUGUGGAAGUGAGAAACGUCAACGACAACAUACCAUUGACCAAUGCUCCAAUUUACUAUCCGCGGGUUAUGGAAAACGCACCAAUUAAUACGCCCGUUAUUCAGCUGGAAGCAACUGAUGCAGAUUUGUCGCACACUAGAAUAACAUAUAAAAUAACUUCAGGCAAUCCGCAAUCAUUAUUCACAAUAGCACCAAAUACUGGUCUCAUCAGUACAACUGGACGAAAACUUGAUCGGGAAACAGAAACCGAACACGUAUUAGAGGUGACUGUCAUUGAUGAUGGAAUACCCGUGUUGUCAUCGACCACCAGUGUGGUGGUAUCAGUAGACGAUGUUAACGACAAUGUUCCAGAAAUGUUAAAGAAAGCUUAUAGGUUUAAAAUACCUGAAACGCAACCCGUGCAAGAACCUCUCACUCAAGACAACAGUACGGUGAUGUCGGGAGAAUUGUUUGAAACAGAUCUACAACUUCUAGAAAGUAAGCCGUGGAUUCUUUUUGGACCAAAUGACAUUAUUGGACCGGCACUCUUCAGGGUCAUAGCAAAAGACAAAGAUUCAGGUGAAAAUUCCAAACUGACUUAUACAUUAAAAGCUGCUCCCGGAUACGAAGACAUAUUUGCGAUUCAGCCGGAAUCAGGUGUCAUACAUUCGGACCACAGCUUUAGAGGAAAUCAGGACUAUACGUUUUAUGUAAGAGCUACAGAUAAUGGAUCACCUAAUAUGAGUGCGGUAGCAAUUGUAAUCGUUGACGUUUUAAAAAUUCCGGAAAACUCCAAGUAUGCACCAGAAAUUCAAAACCCUAACCUUAAAGUAGACAUUACAGAAACCGACACUAUUGGUUUCGUAGUAGCACUCAUUAUGGCCACUGACAAAGAUCAAGAUUAUUUAUGGUACAAAAUUGAUGGUGGUGAUCCUAAUUUGGAUUUCAUGGUUGACGAUAAUGGUAAUGUGCUUCUGGCCCGACAGUUGAAUUGGGAGUCUGUAAAAGAGUAUAAUCUAACCAUAUCUGUGACGGAUGGCGUAUACACAACAACCACCCAACUUUUUGUCAGCGUCAAAGACAUUAAUGAAUACCGACCCAAAUUCUCACUAGAUAUAUAUGAAGUAAAUGUGACAGAAAAUGCUGAAGUAGGCUCUCCAGUAAUUCAACUUGUAGCUACCGAUGAAGACCAAGACAUGAAAUUAUUGUAUGGAAUUCAUAGUGCUCAACACGUUAAUUCAGUAAAAUUAUUUGCUGUUGAUUAUCUAUCUGGCAUGGUAUCUGUAGUGCAACCAUUAGAUCGUGAAAGCAUAGCUAGACACGAACUUACUGUAGUUGUAAAAGAUCAAAGUACUCCAUCCAAAAAGAACUUUGCUCGAGUUGUAAUCACAGUUACGGAUAGUAAUGACCAUGCUCCUGAAUUCAGUUCAAAUAUAAUUCAAGGUCGAGUGUUUGAAACUACAGCUAUUGGAACUAGUGUGCUUCAAUUAAUGGCUACGGAUAAGGAUCAUGGUGAAAACGCUGCCAUUUCUUAUCAAAUAAUUUCCGGCAAUAUUGGCAAUGUUUUUAGUCUUGAUAGCAAACUGGGCACAUUACAUAUUAUGAAAGAACUAGACAUUUCCACUACAUCAGAAUAUAUUCUCACAGUAAAAGCUAUUGAUUCUGGAUCACCUCCUUUAUACUCCACUGUGCCUGUAUAUAUCAUGGUUGUUAUGGCAGACAAUGCACCACCUAAAUUCAGUAAAUCUGAAGAAUCUGCUGAAGUAUAUGAAAAUGAACCGUCUGGAACUGUUGUAAAACAAUUACAGGCUCGUAGCACUUCCUCUUUAUUAUUUGAACUAGUUAAAGGUGACACAGAUGAUUUAUUUACUAUAAAUCCUAGUACUGGUGUCUUGAUCACCAAAAGAAUUCUAGAUUAUGAAACAAACCACAUCUACAAUCUUAGUGUGACUGCUACCAACAUGGCUGGUGCAAAAGCAAUAUGCCAGAUAACUGUACAUGUACUUGAUAGAAAUGACAAUCCACCUGUUUUGAUUAAUACCAGUUAUAAAGGAGUGAUAAGUGAAGCUGCACCUAUUGGAUCUCUAGUCCUACUAAAUGAUACACUUCCGUUAUUAAUACAGGCUACAGAUGCUGACUCUGGUUCUAAUGGUCUAUUACAAUAUGAAAUUAUUGAGUUCACUCAAAGCAGGAUGUUUCAUGUGGUUUCCAACACUGGAGCUAUUAGAACUACUUCUCUAUUGGAUUAUGAAACCACGCCAAAUAUUACAUUCCAUGUCAGAGUUAUUGAUCAAGGUAACCCUAGACAGACAUCUGAGAUACUUGCAACAGUAUUGAUUUCUAUACUAGAUAUAAAUGAUUGUCCUCCCAUAUUUACUAAUUAUGAGUACAAUGCAUCAGUUUUGGUACCAACAUUUGCUAAUGUAGCAGUCAUUCAAUUAGAGGCUUUAGAUGGAGACUCGGAAAAAGUUACAAAGCUUACCUAUACUAUUGAAAAUGGAAAUGAGGCAAAUAUCUAUGCCAUUGAUAGUGAAAAAGGCUUAAUUACAGUUCGAGAACCUAGCAAUGGAAUUAAGUCAAGUCCUCAUAAUUUAGUUAUAUCUGUAACAGAUGGAAAAUAUUCUAGUCAAUCAACUGUCAAUAUUAUCUGGUACCGAAGUGAAGAUUCAAGUCUUAAAUUCCAAAAGCCAAUAUAUUUUACUACUGCUAUGGAAAAUGAUAUAAAAGUUAGAUUUUUGUGUGCCGUUACUGUUAUUGGGGCUCAUCUCAAUGAACAUCUUUUAUUUUCUAUAUCCAAUCCUAGUAAAUACUUUCAAAUAGGUACUACUACUGGUAUUUUAAGCACAACUGGACUGGCUUUUGACCGUGAAGUUAAAGAAGUUUAUCAAAUUAUUGUCCAGGCUAAGAGUAUGGAUGCUGACAGUGAUGUUUUAAGGAUUGCUCAUGUACCAGUUAAUGUAACAAUUUUAGAUGUUAAUGAUAACCCUCCAAUGUUUGUGAAUCUUCCAUAUUAUGCUGUUGUAUCAAUUGAUGCCAAAAAAGAUGAUUUAGUUACAAAGGUACAUGCCAUAGAUUUGGAUCAAGGAGAAAAUGCUGCAGUACGAUAUGAAUUAACAAAAGGACCAGGUGAACUUUUUAGAGUAUCUCGAAGCACAGGAGAAAUAUAUUUGCGUCAUAAUCUUGAAAGUCAGAAUAAUGGUCGUACUAGUGAGUACAAGCUAACUGUUGCUGCAUUUGAUGGUGGCUUAACAUCUUAUUCAACGGAAGUUGAAGUUAAUGUUAAAGUCAUGGACCGAUCAAUGCCUGUGUUUGAUAAACAGUUUUAUUCUGUAUCUGUUCCUGAAAAUAUAAAUCUCUAUACUUCUUUACCCUUAUCCAUAAGAGCUGAUUCUCCACUUGCUAGAAAAUUAAUUUACAGUAUUGUAGCUGGAAAUACAUUUGAAGAAUUUGCUAUUGAUUUUAAUACAGCAGCUGAUGAUUUUGGUAGUACUAGUUUAUUAUAUGUUGUGGACAAUUUGGAUUUUGAACAAGUGCAACACUACACUUUAACUGUUCGUGCGAUUGACAGUGUAUCUGGUGUCUCAGCUGAUGUUUUAGUUAGCAUCAUGGUUACUGAUGUCAAUGAUUGUGCUCCUGAAUUCCUUCAAGAUUCUUAUAAUGUUUCUAUAUCCGAGUCUUCAUCAUUUGGAUCAUUCAUACUUAAAGUCAUGGCUACUGAUAAUGAUACUGGUAUAAAUCAAGUACUUAAAUAUUCAAUUAAAAAGGACAGUGAAAAUUCUACUGAUUAUUUUCACAUUGAUGAAAAAGAAGGAUCAAUUUAUCUUAAACAAGCUUUAGAUCAUGAAACACAUUCAUCCCAUCAUUUAGUUUUAGAAGUAUCUGAUUCUGGUGUGCCUCCAUUAAAAAGUACUGCUCAUCUUUGGGUAAAUGUAAUUGAUGUUAAUGAUAAUGCCCCCAAAUUUGAACAACCAUCAUAUUCAUGUUGGCUUUCCAAAGAUGCUGAAAGAGGCCAAUUUGUUACAAUGGUAACAGCUACUGAUCCUGAUAUUGUAGAUCAUUCUCGUUUAAUUUAUGGUAUAACUGGUGGAAAUACUCAACAAAUGUUUGAUAUAAAUUCAACUUCUGGAGUUAUCAUUGUUUUAAACUUAAACAAAUUAUCUACAGAAAAUGAACAUGUACUCAAUGUAUCUGUUAGUGAUGGUGUAUAUACAAGUUUCUCAAGAAUUAGAAUAGAAAUGAUAUCAACUAAUAAACAUUCUCCUGUGUUUGAAAAACUUCAGUAUGAUGCACGAAUUAUGGAAAAUCAAGCAGUAGGAACUGAAAUUAUUAGAGUUCAAGCAAUUGACAGUGAUACUGGCCCUUAUGGUGAAAUAAAUUAUUCCAUACCAUCAAAAAAGUUAUCAAAAAUAUUUGAUAUUAACAAUAUCACUGGAGAAAUUGUGUCUAAAGUUACAUUAGAUAGAGAAGAUACAUCUAUGUAUGAAAUCAAUGUAUUAGGUUGUGAUCAAGGAGCUAGAUGUGGAUUUACACUAGUCAGAGUUCGAGUGAGUGAUAUGAAUGACAAUUCACCAAGGUUUUUAUUACCUGAAUACAAAACUUGUAUAGAUAGUUCUUUGCCAAUUAACACCAGAUUUUUAAUGGUGAAAUCUAUUGAUGAUGAUCAAGAAAUAACUGGGCAAAUUACUUAUUCUAUCAAUGACAUUGAACCUAGUGAUAUUACUUCAAUAUUAACAGUUAAUAAAUACACAGGUGCCCUAGUGCUUUUAAAAACUGUUGAAUCUUUAAAAAAUAAUGUAUAUCAGUUUUUUAUACGGGCUACUGAUAACGGUGUUCCUCCAAGAUCAUCAGAUGUUCCAAUUGAAAUUUUGAUUUUAUCACCUGAAGAUUUACCCCCAGUUUUUUUGCAACAAGAUCAAAGGUUUAAUAUUUCUGAAAAUGCUCCCAUUGGUACUAUAGUCACCACUGUUAAAUUGGUGUCUGAAGUUGAUGCUAAAUAUAGAAUAACAGCAUCAGAAGAAACAACAAAAUUAUUUACAGUUAAUAAUAAAGGUCAAAUUAUAACAACUGGUAUUUUAGAUAGAGAAACAUUAGCGGUACAUAUAUUAGGCAUAUAUGCUUACACAGAAUCAUCACCACCACUUACAGCACUAACUGAAGUAUACAUUAAAGUUUUGGACGAAAAUGAUAAUGUACCAGAAUUCGAUAAUGAUUAUUAUAAUGUUAAAAUAUCUGAGAUAAUUGCCGAAGGAACUCCUGUUGUUAAAACUUGUGCAACUGAUAUUGAUGAAGGAAAAAAUGGCGAGAUAAAAUACUUAAUAAAUUCAGACAUUAAUGUUCCAUUUGUAAUUGAUCAAUAUUCAGGAUCUAUAAGUGUUUCUACAUCAAAAUUAGAUAGAGAAGUUAAAUCAUCAUAUUUAUUUGAUGUAAUAGCUCUUGAUUGUGGAACACCUUCACUUAAUUCUACUGUAAAAGUACAUAUUACAUUAGUUGAUUACAAUGAUAAUCCAUCCCAUUUUUCACAAAACAUGUAUUCAGCUUCAGUUGAAGAAGAUUCAUUGCCUGGAACAGUUGUUGUACAAUUGACUUUAAUAGAUGAAGAUCAUGAACUUCCCAGUACAUUAAUGUAUCAUAUAUAUGAUGGUGAUGUCCAUUCAAAUUUUGCCAUUCGAUCAACAGGUGAAGUGUAUGUAGCUAAUAUGUUGGACAGAGAAACAUUAGAUAAAUAUCAACUUACUAUUCUGGUUACUGAUGGAAAAUAUGUUUCAACUACAAAACUUCAAAUUAGUGUAACUGACAUUAAUGAUAAAAUGCCCAUAUGCUUACAUUAUAGCUAUAAGCAUAUGUUAUCUGAAGGGGCAUCUAUUGGAACUAUUCUAAUGACAAUUGAGGCUCAAGAUGAGGACUUAAAUCCAAAAUUAAGAUAUUUUUUAACUGGUAAUGGAGCAGAACAUUUUAGUUUAGACAUUGACACAGGUCUGCUAAAAACAGCAGUACUCUUAGAUCGUGAAAAACAAUCUCAAUAUAGUUUGGAGGCUCAUGUUCAAGAUCGAGAAAAAAAUGAAUGGGAAUGUAUAAGUAUGGUAGAAAUUACAAUAUUAGACAUUAACGACAACCCUCCUAUGUUUGUUUCUAAUAAUAAUUCAGCUUCAUUAUCUGAAGAUGCUCAAAUUGGCACCAUUGUUAUUAAAAUUCAUGCUAAUGAUGCUGAUAUAGGUUUAAAUAGAAAAUUUAAGUAUUUAUUACAAGAUUCAGCAGAAAAUCAUUUUAUAAUAUCUUCAGAUAGUGGUAUAGUAACCCUUGCCAAAAAAUUAGAUAGAGAAAUAUGUGAAAAUUAUAACAUAACUAUAAGAGCUAUUGAUCAUGGUACUCCUCCACUUUCAGCUUUCACACAACUUUUUAUAAAUGUAUUGGAUGUGAAUGACAAUCCCCCAAUAUUUGUUCAGAGAAUAUAUUAUGCAACUGUAUCAGAAAUAGCUUCCAUUGAUACAGAAGUCACUAGAGUCUUAGCUACAUCCUUAGACUCUGGUAUAAAUGCACAAGUAGUGUACUCUAUUGUUGGUGGCAACGAACAUAAUAAAUUUUCAAUUAACACAGAAUCAGGCAUAAUUAGUGUAUUUGAAAUGUUAGAUUAUGAACGUGUACAUGAUUAUUUAUUAACUGUUCAAGCAACUGACUUGGGUGAACCACCUCUCAGUAACCAAGCAACCGUAAAUAUAACAGUUUUGGAUGCUAAUGACAAUGCACCAAUAUUUGGACAACUAGCUUAUACAACUCAAAUCAGUGAAGACUUACCCAUUGGUGAUGUAUUUAUUAAAGUAUCUGCGACAGAUUUAGAUAGCGAAAUGAAUAGCAAAAUCCGUUAUGCAUUGGUAAAAGGAGAUCAUCAUCAACAAUUUUCAAUAGACCCAUACACUGGCAAUAUAACAAUAAUCAAACCCUUAGACCGUGAAUUUGUAUCAAGUUAUAAUCUACAAAUUAGAGCAACAGACUCUGGUACUCCAGAAUUAAUGAGUUUUGCAUUAGUCAACAUACAAAUUACUGAUGUCAAUGAUAACCCACCAUUAUUUUCUCAACACAACUACUCAGCAUUUGUUCAUGAAGAUAAAAAACCUGGUUGGAUUGUUUGUCAGCUGUCUGUAACAGAUGCAGAUAUAGACCCUAACAGUGGACCUUUCAUUUUUGAUAUACGUAAUAGUGAAGAUGGCAAAGCAUUUAGUAUUGAUCCAGAUGGUACAGUUCGAACAGCAUCACUUUUGAAUCAUCGAAUUCAGCAAAAUUAUGAAUUAGAGAUUCGUGUUUUUGAUAAUGGAAAACCAGUUUUACAUUCUGAUACUUGGCUCAAUAUCAAAGUUAUAGAAGAAUCACAAUUUCCACCAAUCAUAACACCUCUAGAAGUUUGGGUUGGUUCUUGGCAAGAUAGAUGGGAAGGUGGUACUAUUGGUCAAAUACAUGCUACUGAUGAAGAUGAAUAUGACUCAUUAGUAUAUUCUGUAAUAAACCAAAAAGAACUUUUUAAAGUAGAAGAACGAUCUGGGGAACUUAGAGCUCCUCAAGGAUUAGACGCAGGAGUUUAUUUUGUGAACAUAUCAGUUAGUGAUGGUAAAUUUUCAUCAUUUUCUACAGCUAAUGUUGUUGUUGAAUCAUUAACUGAUGAUAUGUUAUCUGAAACUAUCAGCAUAAGAUUAAAGUCAGUUACUCCACAACAUUUCUUAUUAAAUCAAAAGAAAAUGUUAAUGCGUUCACUAAAAAUAAAUUUGGGCAAAGAAGUAAGCCUAAUUAGUAUUCAAGAUGCACCCCAAGGAAAUUUGGACAUUUUACUUUACAUCAGAGAAGGUAUUGAUUUGAUCUCUAUGCAUACUGCUCUUCAAAAAGCUGGACUUAUUAUGUCAAAUAAUGUUCAUCCAUGCAACUGUACUCCUGGACAAGGUGUAUGUAGUCAGCGCAUUACUUGGCUUCCUGAUCAAGUGCAGACAAUAAUUACUGAUAUGGUAUCAUUUGUUUCCCCUGCUCAUACCCACCAACCAUAUUGUUCAUGCAGACUCAGUUAUAUUGGUAAACAAUGUGAAAAGAAAAUGACUACUGAAUGUUUGUGUGAGGAAGACGAAAUAUGUAUACCUGACAAUGAAAUAGAUGGAAAAUUUAGAUGUGAUAGACCUCGAGGUGUCGGAGACAGAUGUUUAGCCGGGAAUGAAACAGCUUGUUUACCACCAAUAUUUUCAAAUCUUAAUAUAACUUGGAUACAACUCAUUGCAGUAUCUACAGCAUUAAUUUUCAUAAUCAUGGUUAUAUGUAUUUUAAUUAUAUGCAGAAAAUGUCGUGUAAAACGUCAAAAUGCACGUCGAAACAAAAAUAUAACUAUGCUAAAUUCGGAGUUCAAAAGAAGUACAAAAAUUAGCAAUUUAGAAGUAACACAACGACCUGCAUCCUAUACAGCAAUUGCUAGCAACCCUGAAACUGCAUAUAUGGCAGCCAUAACAUCUAAUCAACUUAACAAUUUAGAUACUCUGAGAAGUUAUGGCUCUGCUGGUGAUGAGUUAGAAAAUGUACCUUUAGAUUACUUGCGUAAUCUCAAUAGAGGUAGCAAUAAUAAAAUAAUUAAUGAUCUCAAAACUAUUCCAGAUGUGACUAAAGUACCUCGUCGGUCAGUUAAUUGUGCUGAAGAGGAUACAAGAAUACUUGGGGGUUAUCAUUGGGAUUGUUCAGAUUGGGUACGGCGAAGCCAAAACCCUUUACCUAAUAUUAGUGAAGUUCCUGGUAGUGAAGUACCAGAUUCUUCAAGUUUUCAUAGUGAUAGUAAUGAUGAAGUCCAUCAACCAAUCAUUGAUCCUGCUAGGGAUUUAGAAACACUUGAUGAAGAGCUCUAUCUCUCAUAUCGCAGUGAAGAUGAUGAUGUAGUUACUUAUGGAUUUCCUCAACGAUAUCCUAGUCAGAGUGAAUUGUCAACUACUGUAUGUGAAAUUGAAGAUCCUGAUAUGCCAAUGUCAACAGCAGUCUAGCAUACAUUGUAAAAACAUUCCGUUGGAAAUAUUAGGUUUUAAUAUUUAAUUUUGAGCCAUUAUGUAACAUUUAUUAAUAAAUGUGUGUAACAUUAAGACAAAUUUUGGUUAAGUAGUUAUUUUGAGAGGGGGGGUAGAUUAAGACUGAAUGAUUUAUUUUCAUAAAUGUAAAGUUUUAUAUGAAUGCAAAAAUUGUUAUACUUCUGUGAUAGUUAAACUUUUUUCACUAGUUUUCACUUAUUUAUUGUUUGUAUAAAUUGUCCCUUUUAUAAUUUGUUUAUGUGUUCAUUAAUUGACUUUUUUCUAUUUGUUAAGCUGAACAAAUAAAUGCAUUUAAUUAUUCAUUACUUAUAAUUAAAUUAUGAUCUCUUACUAUGGUAAAAAAAAAACACAGUUCUUUAUUAAAUUUAAAAAAUACAGCUUAUUACUAACUUUUUAUAUAAUUAUUAUACUAAUUAAACCAGUGCUAAUAAUUGUUUUUAAGGUGCUAAUCUGUAUUAAUUGAUUAAUUUCUUGUAAGCUUUAUGUUAAAUAUUUUACAUAAUCUAAAGUGUUUUGUAUUAAGAUUCACUUUUUUAAGUUAUGAGAUCAAUGGACUUUGACUAUAAAAUUAGUUAUAGUUUGUAUAAAAAUUAAGAUAUCAUGUUUUCAUUGUGUUAUUUGACAAAAUAAAAUAAUUUCAACUAAUAAAUUAAAAAAUAUAUAUAUGAAAUGUACCAUUCCAUUUGAAUUAUAACUUCACAGUUUCGAUAAAGAAGACAUAAUAUUUAUUUAGUUUUUUCCAUUUUUACAUAGCAUUAGACUUUCUAUUUUGUAAAUAAUUUGUAUUAUAGAGCAAUAUACUGUUAUAAAUAUAUCCUAUAAUGUUAACCAAAAGUGCCCUUACAAUUUUUUUUUUUUCUAAACGAAUUACUGAAUGUCUAGAUUUAUAAAAAAAAAACAUUUUUACAAUCAUGAAUAAAUUGUAUCUUAAAAUGUUAGUAUCUAUAAUACAGAUAAAUUUAGAGUAUUUUUUGUUGAAAAUUGAUAUAAAAUAAUACUUUAAUCAAAUAAUUUCAGUAAUUUAUAAUUUUAACUCGAGCAAAUUGAUGAC